AUGGCAUUCUUCACCAAAUUGUUAUCACUAUUAGGUUUUAAAAAACGUGAGGCGAAUGUACUUGUGGUCGGUUUGGACAACAGCGGGAAGACAACGAUUAUGAACCACUUUAAACCUCAGGAGGAGAAGUCGACAGAAAUCGUGCCAACCGUUGGCUUUAAUGUGGAAAAAUUCAAAAUCAAAAACUUAACGUUUACUGCAUUUGAUAUGUCAGGUCAGGGAAGGUAUCGCAACCUUUGGGAACAUUAUUACAAAGGCGUCGAAGGAAUCAUUUUUGUGAUCGACAGCUCAGACUCUCUGAGACUAGUUGUGGCCAAAGACGAACUCGAGAUGAUGUUAAAACACGCAGACAUCGCAACUAAACCAGCGAUUCCUAUACUAUUCUUCGCCAACAAAAUGGACUUAAAAGAGUCGCUUUCGAGCGUCAAAAUCAGCCAAACACUGGGUUUGGAUCAGUUCAAGAACAAAGCGUGGCACAUACAGCCAUCUAGCUAA